UAUACAUACCGUGGUCCUGUUUUCCUGGAGCCAGCAAAGACAGUUUAGGGCUCCCAGAAAUCUACAAAGGCCCUUAGACUAAUUUCGAGGCUCCAGUUGGAGCUGGACCGUCUGUAGGCCCCAUCCCCUCCAGCAGACCCAGCCCAGUCCUGCUGUCACAGGGAGGCCCUCAGGAAGCCCUCCAGGGAGAAGGGCUGCGGCCGCCACGGAGGCAGGAUGGUCCUGGCUGGCCUCUGGGCUGUCCUUCUGUGGGCCUAUGUCCUAGGCCACCCAAAGCAAACAACAUCUGGAGGAGAGGAUAUGAGAAACUGUUCUGUGACCCCACCGUAUCUUCCAGUCACAGCUGUCAACACCACUGCCCGGCUCAAGGACCUUCGGCAGCAGUUGGAGGCCAACGGUCUUGAUGCCUACAUCAUUCCUGACACGGACGCUCACAUGAGCGAGUACAUUGCCAAACAUGAUGAGAGACUCAGGUGGAUCUCCGGUUUCAGUGGUUCUGCAGGAAAUGCAGUGGUGACCAAGGGGAAAGCAGCUCUGUGGACCGACAGCCGCUAUUGGAUUCAGGCUGAACGGCAAAUGGAUUGCAACUGGGAGCUGCAUAAGCAGGUUGGUACUUCGCCCAUGUCAACAUGGAUCCUGGCAGAGGUUCCAGCUGGAGGCCAAAUUGGCAUUGACCCCUUCCUCUUCUCCAUCGACACAUGGAAGAGUUUUGAACUUCACCUUCAAGGUUCCAACAGAAGCUUGGUGUCCAUCAAAGACAACCUUGUGGACCAGGUUUGGGGGACAGAGAGGCCUGCCAUUCCCAGUGAGCCAAUUUUCUACCUUCAGGAGAAGUUCACAGGGAGCACGUGGCAGGAUAAAGUCACAGGAAUCCGAAACCAGAUGCAAAAGCACACAAAAGCCCCCACAGCCGUCCUGCUAUCUGCUCUGGAUGAGACAGCUUGGCUCUUCAAUCUUCGAAGCAAUGAUAUUCCUUACAACCCCUUCUUCUAUUCCUACACCCUACUGACCAACUCCUCCAUCAGGUUAUUUGUGAAUGCGAGCCGGCUGAGCAGUGAUGUCCUACAGUACCUGAAUUCAGAUUGCACAGGCCCGUUGUGUGUACAAAUUGAAGAUUAUGGCCGGAUCCAAGAAAGAGUCCAGGAGUAUGCCGCAGGAGAUGUACGGGUCUGGAUUGGAACUGAAUACACCACCUAUGGGCUCUAUGGGGUCAUACCCCAGGAGAAACUUGUAGAGGACUCCUACUCCCCCGUGAUGGUGGCCAAAUCAGUGAAGAACGAGAAGGAGCAGGAGCUACUCAGGGCUGCCCAUGUGCGGGAUGCUGUGGCUGUGAUCAGGUACCUGGUGUGGCUGGAGAAGAAUGUGCCCCAGGGCACCGUGGAUGAAUUCUCAGGGGCAGAACAGGUGAACAAGUUCCGGGGAGAAGAAGAAUUCUCAGCAGGGCCCAGUUUUGAAACCAUCUCAGCCAGCGGCCUGAAUGCUGCCCUGGCCCACUACAGUCCAACCAAGGAGAUCCACCGCAACCUGUCACGAGACGAGAUGUACCUGCUGGACUCUGGAGGGCAAUAUUGGGAUGGAACAACAGACAUCACCAGGACAGUCCACUGGGGGAUCCCUUCUUCUUUCCAAAAGGAAGCCUAUACCAGGGUGCUGAUGGGAAACAUCGACCUGUCUAGACUUGUCUUCCCCUCCUCCACAUCAGGGCGAGUAGUGGAGGCUUUUGCCCGAAGAGCCCUGUGGGAAGCUGGUCUCAAUUAUGGCCAUGGCACAGGGCAUGGCAUUGGCAACUUCCUCUCCGUACAUGAAUGGCCAGUGGGCUUCCAAUCCAAUAACAUUGCUAUGACCAAAGGCAUGUUCACAUCCAUAGAACCCGGUUACUACCAAGAUGGAGAAUUUGGGAUCCGUAUCGAAGAUGUGGCUCUGGUGGUAGAAGCUCAGACCAAGUAUGGAGGAUCCUACCUGACCUUUGAGGUGUUGUCCCUGGUACCCUACAGUCGGAACCUCAUCGAUACUAGCCUGCUGCUGCCAGAUCAGCUCAAGUACCUGAACCAAUACUAUGAGACCAUCCGGCAGAAAAUUGGUCCUGAGCUACAGCAGCGGAACUUGAAAGAAGAGCAUGAGUGGCUUUUGGAGAAUACGCAGCCACUGGCCUACAGCAGCAGCAGCAGGGCCCACCUUCCCACCUCACUGACCCUCCUGCUGGUGGCUGCCCUCGUGGCCACCCUGGGCCAGAGCCUAUAGUGAGGCGACCUCACGGCAUUCCCCCCAGUCCCCCCAGAGCUGAGAGCAGCCCCUGCCUCAAAUCCUUCAAUCUGCAACCUUCAGGGAAGAAAAUGCCAGCCAGAAACUGGUUCUCCCUCUCCCUCCCCAUACCAAGUCAGAGGCCUUCUCAUCCUGGACUUCCUGAACCUGGCCCUAAGCCAGGUUGUUCUACCCAGAGGAGUCUAGGCACUUCCCAGGAGUCUAAGCCUCUGGGUUAGGAACCUAAGGUGGGUUUUACUUUGAAAAAAUUGAUUUGUUUUUUACAUUUACUCUCACUUUUCAAUGAAAUUGUCAGAUUUCUCUGUCUGGAAUCAAAGGGCUUGGGUUUGAAUCCUAACUCCACUACUUGCUACCCGUGUGACCUUGGGCAUAUGACAAUCUCUCUGUACCUCAGUUUUCUCAUCUGUGAAAUAACCGGAAGAUUGCACUAGAUGACUUCAGUGAUUCCCUUCCUUGUUCUAAAUCGAUGUUCCUAUGAUCUCCCCUCCACAGAACUCCCCCUUGUAACAACUUAAGCAAAACCAAUCUAUGUGUUAGCCAUGCAUGACAAAGUAGCUGUAGCCCAUUCAUUCCACACUAAUAGUUGGCCAGCUCUUUGCUAAAAGUCAUUGGAAGUCCUGAGUGGUCACUGCAUUGAUCAGUUCCAAAGUUUGCCAUUAUUGUUUUCCUUGA